UCCCGCUCCCUCCGCGCUGCCACCCGUUCUGCCGCAGGAAGACUCCAGCCACCAUGUCAAUUGAACGCAUCCAUGCCCGGGAGAUCCUGGAUUCCCGCGGUAACCCUACGGUGGAAGUGGAUCUCUACAUAGCCAAAGGUCUUUUCCGGGCAGCAGUGCCCAGUGGGGCAUCUACUGGCAUCUAUGAGGCACUGGAGCUGAGGGAUGGGGACAAACUUCGUUACUUGGGCAAAGGUGUACAGAAAGCUGUGGAUCACAUCAAUAAUACCAUCGCUCCUGCCCUGAUCACUUCUGGCCUUUCUGUGGUAGAGCAGGAGAAGCUGGACAACCUGAUGUUAGAGCUGGAUGGGACUGAGAACAAAUCCAAGUUUGGGGCCAAUGCCAUCCUAGGUGUGUCUCUGGCCAUAUGCAAAGCUGGGGCAGCAGAACGAGAAUUGCCUCUCUAUCGCCACAUUGCCCAACUGGCUGGGAAUUCGGAUCUCAUCCUACCCGUACCUGCUUUCAAUGUGAUCAAUGGUGGCUCUCAUGCAGGAAAUAAGCUAGCCAUGCAGGAGUUCAUGAUUCUUCCCGUGGGAGCGGAAAGCUUCCGGGAUGCCAUGAGGCUUGGGGCAGAGGUCUACCAUACCCUCAAGGGUGUCAUCAAGGACAAGUAUGGCAAGGAUGCUACCAAUGUUGGGGAUGAAGGUGGCUUUGCUCCCAAUAUCCUGGAGAAUAGUGAAGCCCUAGAGCUGGUGAAGGAAGCCAUUGACAAGGCUGGCUACACAGAAAAGAUCGUCAUUGGUAUGGAUGUUGCUGCCUCUGAGUUUUACCGUGAUGGCAAAUACGACCUCGACUUCAAGUCCCCUCCUGAUCCUACUCGAUACAUUUCUGGGGACCAGUUGGGGGCCCUCUACCAAGGCUUCGUCAGAGACUACCCAGUGGUCUCCAUCGAGGAUCCAUUUGAUCAGGAUGACUGGGCCGCUUGGUCCAAGUUUACAGCUAAUGUGGGCAUCCAGAUCGUGGGUGACGACCUGACGGUGACUAACCCAAAGCGAAUCGAACGAGCUGUGGAAGAGAAAGCCUGCAAUUGCUUGUUGCUCAAGGUCAAUCAGAUCGGAUCGGUCACGGAAGCCAUCCAAGCGUGUAAGCUGGCCCAGGAGAAUGGCUGGGGGGUCAUGGUGAGUCAUCGAUCUGGCGAGACAGAAGACACCUUCAUCGCUGACCUGGUCGUGGGAUUAUGCACAGGCCAGAUCAAGACAGGGGCUCCAUGCCGUUCUGAACGGCUGGCCAAGUACAACCAGCUCAUGAGGAUCGAGGAAGAGCUGGGAGAUGAAGCUCGAUUUGCUGGGCACAAUUUCCGCAACCCCAGCGUGCUGUGACCACUUUCUCUCCUGUGCCUCCCCCCCUCCAACUCUGUGAACUGUGACCUCUCACUUCCCCAAGCUGUGCCCUGGAGCCCCAAGCCCCCCGGAAUGUGUUCUGAUCCUCCCUCGAAGCCCUCUUCCCCUUCCUCCCUCUUUCCCCAGCUUCCCCGGCCCUUCUCUUUCCGCUCCCUGCGCCCGGUUCUCCCGGACGGUCUCCUUCCUAGAGUCAUACUGCUCGCAGCU